CGAGGUCCUACUACCCCCCGUCCCCGCCGCGGAAGCGGCGCGACGAGGGCUGCCUCGCCGGGGGCUCCCCGCCAGCGGCGGACUUGGGCGGCGUGCCCAGCCCCGCCAGGAGGCACGGCCCCUGCUCGCCGUGCCCAGCGCCGCGGCCGGCGCCCGGCGCCCUGUGGCAGUGCGCAGGUGGCCAGCGCGAGGCGGACGCCCAUCCUGGAGAGGCAGCGACGCCGCCCGCCGCCGCAGCCGAGGCCUGCCCGCGGCCUGCAUGGGAGGUGGGCGCCUCCGAGUUGCUGCUCAGGGAGUGCCUGGGCGCCGGGGCCACCGCCGAGGUGCACCGCGCGUUGUGGCACGGCACGGAGGUGGCGGUCAAGCGAUUGCGGGUCUGCGCGCGGGCACAGUUCGAGAAAGAACUCCACAUGUUGCACGAGCUCAGGCAUCCGAAUCUUGUGCUCUUCAUGGGAGCGGUCGUGGCCAGCCCGCCUAUGAUCAUCUGUGAGUUCUGCGCGGGCGGUACCUUGUUCCGCUUGCUGCACGAGAGGCCGAAGCCAGCAUUCUCUUGGGAGAAGCGUCGCAAGGUGGCACUGGACAUUGCCAAGGGCAUGCUCUACCUCCACCGUCGAGGUGUCAUCCACCGAGACUUGAAGUCCCUCAACGUGCUCUUGGCGGCCGAGGUGGGCGCCUCGGGCGAGGCGCCCUGCGCGAAGAUCGCGGACUUCGGCCUCUCGCGCCACAUGCCCGCGGCGCCCGCGGCCGAGGAGGGGCCCCCGCCUUCGGAGGCGGGGCAGCUGACCCGUGGCCUGGGCACGUACCUGUGGAUGGCGCCCGAGGUGCUGUCCGGGAGCGCCUACGACCACCGCGCCGACGUGUACUCGUACGCGGUGGUGCUGUACGAGCUGGCGUGCCGUCGCCUGCCCUUCGAGGGCACCGGCCUGCAGCCCAUCUCGGUGGCGCUGGCGAUCAGCAGCGGCGCGCGGCCCGACCUGUGCCAUAUGCCGGCUCGGCUGCCCCCCCGCGCUGCUCGCCCUGCUGCUGCGGGCCUGGGCGCAGGCGCCCGCGGAGAGGCCCUGCUUCGCCCAGAUCCUCCGGAGCCUGUGCGCCUCCGACUCGUCGCUGGGCGCGGGCGCCACUCCCUGAGCGGCGCCUCCCGCGCCGCGCGCCCUCCGGCGGCGUCGCCCGGGCAGAGGCGCGCCACCGGCCAGGCCCUGCCUUUGCCGACGCCCGGAGGCCGUGCGCCUCGGACUCGUCGCGGAGCCUCGAGCCCCGAGGGGGAGCGGCGGCGUCUGCGGCGAGCGCACAGGAAGGUCAAUGCCAGUGUUCGAUGCUGCGGCACCGCGCCCGCUCUGCGGCGAGGUCUCGGCUCACGUCUGGAGCGCUCGGCGCUGCAGGCAGGACGGGAGCGCGGACGGCGGUCGCGGUGCGGUCGGGCAAAAACGGUAGGCUCUCUGCCCUCCCUGUCUCCACGACAGUCUCGCG